CCCUCCCUGCCUCCUGUGACGAGUGAAAUUGUAUACAAGCCCACUUCGGAGACGAUGAAUCCACGUAUUAAAUUGCCAGUGGCGCUAACGCAUAAGCAGUCAGCCUUGCAAGGCCAGCGGCGCCCGUGCAGCAGCAGUGAGGUGGUGCUCUUUGCCAGCGGAGCCAUAGCUGAGCUUCCGGUCUGCGACAGGAGCUCUGAGUUGUGAGCUGUGAGCAGUGUGAGGUACAGGGAGCACUCUCCUCCCACGCAAGCACCAGGAGCCACUGAGCGUAACCCGAGGCUGACUGCAGAGCGACACACGGGAACGGUGGAGGGACAGAGCGGAGCCUAACGGAGCCUAACGGAGGAGAUACAGACCGUACUAUGCUAACGGCGGCUGGCGGAGGAGAGGCCGAUCUGAAGCUAACGGAGGCUAGCGAAGCUACUGCUGAGUUUAUCCCAGUCCGACGGAGGAGAAACUAGCGCACAGAUCUCUUCUCCACCGGCUGACAAGCUCCAACCGGCAUUCAUUUCAUGCCAAGUGCCAUUACAUCCAUGGCCUCCCGACAUGCCCUUUGCGGUUGGAAGGCUGUCAUUCUCUUUGCAGCCAUGAUAUUCCUAGUUGCUGCCUCGCAAGCAACUGCUCGCCGCGUCCAGCAUGCGCAGCCUGCAACAUACGAUGGCCACGUCGCAAUCGCGGAACUUCAAGGUAGAGCUCUGCGGGAAUUCCUCUCACAGUGCCCGCACGGUGGCUGUCCCGAUAAUUGCUGGUGCCACGCUUAUAAGUGCUGGACAUGGUACCCUGACUGCAGAUGCAUCCGGCAUUGCAAGCGCUGAUCCUACUUGCUGGUAUUACAGUCACACGUCUGUUUAAACAAACAACUAGAAUGUUCAGUGACGCUGGACCCGCUUUCCAGCAGGUGAUGCUCCACACCAAUAGAUGGAGCCUCCCAAGGAGUGCUAUCCUUACCUGUUCCUAUCAGUCACCCCUAGCAUCAGCUCGGGUCGUUUCUCGAAAAAAAAUAAAAAUAAAAAAAAUGAAGAGAAAACUGCAGCGCAGUCAGGGUUUGAGUUUGAAAAUGCACUUGUUGAGGCAAAAGGGACGGUAAUGGUGAACGUAUAUAACCUAGGUUUCGGUCCGGUGGGGUCACGUGGGGGUGUGUUGUGUUUGCGGGAUUGCCUGAGGAGCAUUUCGUGACUGCGCUGAAAUUACAAACUCCCCCCCCCUCCCCCACGCUCCCCCCCCCUCCUCCUUCCAACCGCCCCCCCGAAAGAAAAAAAAACCGUAUCCUACGUCCUGUUUCACAAGUGUUCCCCGCCUUCUGCUGAUACUUGCUGGAAGGGCGACCAUUGUUGCGAAUGCUUGCUGCCUUUUUGCUAGUACUAAUCCUAGUACGGCCUUGUUCGCAAGUGUUGCCCCUACUUCUUAUGACAACAUUACCCAUAUACCCCUACCCAUAACCCUCCACAAAAUAGAAGUUUUAUUUUAUUUUAUUUGUUUAUGUUUUUAAAAGGACGACGGCCUUGGGGCUUGGGAUAUCAUCAUCAAAGUGAAGAGCCCUUGGGAAUU